AAAACUCUUUCUGAGUUUAUUCUCCGUUUUUCGGAGUAAUUUCUUAUCUCGAUUUCGUGGUCAUUUCCCUUUUUCUACAUUAUCCACAUACUCUCGCGACAACCUGCCUCCUGCCUGCACAUACAUGCAGAUCUGAAUCGGCGUUCCUUCAACCGCAAUGUCCUGAGGCGCCUGCGUAAAGUCCACAAACUAAUGCUAAUACCAUCUAUGUGACUCAAAGACAGGACUAUCUCCUAGUGUCUUAAACCCAGAUCAUAUUAAAACUUGAUUAAACUAAAGAAACCGUCCAUGUUGUUACCAUAAAAUCAAGCCCUCGAUAAAGGAAUGAAUGCGUUUACUGUUUCAAAAAAGAAAAUUCAACUGAAUGCAAUGCACUUCCGUACAUGUUACUUUAGAUGCAUGAAUUCAAAACAAAAACAAGGAACAAAUAAGUCUGAUGCUGAAAGAUAAUUGAGUGUGAGUAGUAUGGGGAAGUGAAAAGAAAACGCCUUGUACAUAAACUUAUUCUGUGAUAAUCAUGGAUGGCAGAGCUGGUUUUGAUGCUUCUAACAAUAAGAGAAACCUCUACACAGUGGUUGUUGUGACCCUCGGACUCCUGUGUAUCCUACAAGCUGUUCUCAACAUUUCCCUGCGUCUUGCUUUCGACGGAGACGAGUCCAAGAGGAAGCUGAAUACAAUCGAUGAUUACACCCACCAAGGAUGGUUGUAUUUCAAUCAGAGUGUCUAUUACAUUUCUUCUGUUGAAAAUUCCUGGCAAGACAGUAGAGAUGACUGUCUGCAGAGAGGUGCAGAUCUGAUUAUUGUCAACAGCAAAGAGGAACAUGAAUUCACCAGGCUAUUCAGACAGUCCUCCUGGAUUGGACUGACUGACACAGAGACAGAAGGAACAUGGAAAUGGGUGGAUGGAACUUUGCUGAGACAAAGCUUCUGGUUUGCUGGGGAGCCCAACAGCUAUCAAGGAAAAAAUGAAGACUGUGGACACACUAAGUUCUUUGCACAUGAAAACAGCUGGAAUGAUGUAGAAUGUGCCAAGAAUAAUUUUUGGAUUUGUGAAAAGACGAUGGCUUCAUUUCUGCUACUUGUUACUGUAGCAGUUAUAGAGUCUGAGAUAAUCAUGGAUGACAGAGCUGGUUUUGAUGCUUCGAACAAUAAGAGAAACCUCUACACAGUGGUUGGUGUGACCCUCGGACUCCUGUGUAUCCUACAAGCUGUUCUCAACAUUUCCCUGCGUCUUGCUUUCUACGGAGACGAGUCCAAGAGGAAGCUGAAUACAAUUGGUAAAGUUGAACUCUAUGAAAGUAACAACAACGUAAAAAAUUUACAAACAUUUGUUUCCAUUUUCUCAUUAUUAACAGAUGAUUACACCCACCAAGGAUGGUUGUAUUUCAAUCAGAGUGUCUAUUACAUUUCUUCUGUUGAAAAUUCCUGGCAAGACAGUAGAGAUGACUGUCUGCAGAGAGGUGCAGAUCUGAUUAUUGUCAACAGCAAAGAGGAACAUGAAUUCACCAGGCUAUUCAGACAGUCCUUCUGGAUUGGACUGUCUGACACAGAGACAGAAGGAACGUGGAAAUGGGUGGAUGGAACUUUGCUGAGACAAAGCUUCUGGUUUGCUGGGGAACCCAACAGCUAUCAAGGAAAAAAUGAAGACUGUGGAGACACUAAGUUCUUUGUAUUUGAAAACAGCUGGAAUGAUGAAGAAUGUGACUGGAAACAUUUUUGGAUUUGUGAAAAGAUGAUGGCUUCAUAACUCUGCAUCUAAACCCACUGGACUGAUAGCAGAGACAAUGGUUCGUUGAAAUGCAUAGACACAGAGACAGAAUCUGAUGUGUCUUUUCAUGUCAGAAAUGUAUGUUAACAUAAUACAGGUUUAAAGAAUUAAAAACCAUCAUGAUUGAAUUCCCAUUAUCUGCAUUUAGGGUUCUGUUACAUAUGCUGACUUUGGUUUUUAAACAGUAAUAAAUGUACACUGUAUAAACAAUGUUAAGUAUGGCUUUGAUUUUCUCACAGUGUCAAUAAAGCCUACAAUGUGGAGUUGUGUUUACCACAGCGAUGAA